UCUCCUCUUCGCUGUCAUUCAUCCCGCUCCUCUCCGUUCUCAGCCAAUGGAGAGACAGGGCCUAAAACUGCGAAGCUACAUCUCACCCAGGCCUUUUCGCUCAGUGAUUGAUGUCCCAGAGUCAACAGCGAGCGAGAAUACGGAGGAGGAGAGGAACAGGCGGCGUUCCCCCUCCCCCCGGCUACUUCAACAAACCCUUCGGUACUUCGCCUCCAAGUCUCCCCGAGCACCCAAAGCGAACCCGAAGCUGGUGCCGGCUGCUCCCGCCUCCGCAGCCACGCUGCGCCCCGCGCUCGGCUGCGCCGCUCCUGCCCCCGGGCCCGCCCAGCCCAGCCCUGCGCCGCCAACCCAGAGGAGCUCAGCCCCCCCGGCGGCUCUUCCGUGCCUGUGUCGCCGGGCCCCCAGCGGGGCCGGGGCCCGGGCGCGCCGGGGGAUAUGGAACACCUGGCCCCGCACCACCUCCACCCGGGCCACGCCGAGCCCAUCAGUUUCGGCAUUGAUCAGAUCCUCAACAGUCCGGACCAGGGCAGCUGCAUGGUGUCCGCCUCGCGCCUACAGGACGCAGACUACGGGCUCGGCUGCAUAGUUAGCAGCGCCUACAACACCAUGACCGGGAGUUAUGGGGGAGCAGGCGGCGGCAGUGGUGGCGGCGGAGCUGGCCCGGGGCCCGGGCCCGGGGCGGGAGCCGGAGCAGGAGGCGGCGGUGGCGGCGGCGCUGGGGGUUACGGGGCCGGCGGCGGUAGUGCCUGCAGUAUGGCUUCGCUGGCCGGCUCCUACAAUAUGAACAUGGCCAUGGGCAGUGGGGGCGGCGGGAGCGGGGGCGCGCUCAGCUCCGCCGGAGUGAUUCGGGUGCCUGCCCACAGGCCUCUGGCCGGAGCCGUUUCUCACCACCAACCCCUCGCCACCGGCAUGCCCACCGUACCCGCAGUACCCAGUGUCAACAACCUCACAGGACUCACUUUCCCCUGGAUGGAGAGUAACCGGCGAUACACAAAGGACAGGUUCACAGGUCACCCCUACCAGAAUCGGACGCCCCCGAAGAAGAAGAAACCGCGCACAUCCUUCACACGCCUUCAGAUCUGCGAGCUGGAGAAGCGCUUUCAUCGCCAAAAGUAUCUGGCGUCAGCCGAGCGCGCGGCCCUGGCUAAGGCGCUCAAAAUGACCGACGCGCAGGUCAAAACCUGGUUCCAGAAUCGGAGAACGAAAUGGAGGCGGCAGACAGCGGAGGAGCGGGAGGCGGAGAGGCAGCAGGCUAACCGCAUCCUCAUGCAGCUGCAGCAAGAGGCCUUCCAGAAGAGCUUGGCUCAGCCCCUGCAGGCUGACCCGCUCUGCGUGCACAAUUCAUCACUCUUCGCCCUGCAGAACCUGCAGCCCUGGUCCGACGACACUGCUAAGAUCACCAGCGUCACGUCAGUGGCCUCGGCCUGCGAGUGACCCUCUCCUGUUCGGGUCCACCCCGCUCGGUUUCGCUGUCCCCUCCCCUGCCUCUCAGCCCCUCCAGGACGCCCGCCAAAGAAGUGGGAGCCCGGACUUUGGGAUUGCAAACGAGAGGAGCGGCCUCCCCACCCUGAGUCCUCGCCCUGCACCCCGUACCCAGCCUCGGGAGACGUCCCGAGGUCGGGGGCUGUGCCUGGAAAGGGGUGGGAGAGGUUCCCGAGGGCUUUGCACAGAAGAAAGAGUGAGGACCCUUCCCCCUGCCCCAACCCCUUUUACGGACCACGAGCCAGUUGUCCCUGUCCUUCCCCCCUCAGUAACUGGACACAAAGUGAAACUCGUAGAAAGCCAGUUCGCUACCUGCCUCCGCUCUCCGAGGUCCGGUACCGGUGUCGUCCAGUCCGGGUUAGCAAUCCCACUCCCAUCCCCGGAUUUAUUUUCAGUGCAAAAGAAGAUAUUGGAAAUAGAGUAGGGACUUUCGGUCAGAAGGGGUCCGAGGGACCCAACUGGAGCCUCUAGUCCCCGUGCAGCUUGCCCUCCCUGACCCUCGGUUCAGCUGGUACUUUUCAGAUUCUGCUCAAUUUCCGUUUAUUUUAUUUUGUUUUUCAAUUUGGGGAUCUAGAGGGAGGCCGAGGAAGUGGAGGAAGAGUCGAAAAUUAGAGCUUCUAGGAUCGAGAGUGUUCUGAAGGUCCCUCAAGAAGCCGGUCGAUUUCCCAUCCAGCCGUACUGAAACCCAGAGACACUUUCACAAUCAUUCGAGGACAACCACGCCACACACAGCAGCUGCAUAAUCACACACAGUCACGAAUUUUCGUAAUGCAGUUGGGUGCCUACAUUAUCACUGAUAGGAACACACGACGAUCGCAAUGGCAGCGGUCACACAGCUUUACACAGAUCACAAUGACACGCAAGGCCCACAAUUCCUGUUUUCCCCGUCACUCACAGUCAGUCACAUGAUUCCGUACCCUCAGUAGCAGGUAAGCACAAUUUUACACCCUCCACACAUACACAAACACACAAAUACACAGUCCUACACCGAGUGUCUCUGGAAUAGUUCCCUCGAACACAAUGUCCUUUGCACAGUCUCAAACAAUCAGUCUUGCAUACAGAUUGUAAAGGGCAGUCAUACAUGGAGCCUGUUUGGGGAGGCUAGCUCUGCAUCCGUCUUUUUUUGGGGGGGGGGGGAGUUAAGUUAUGCACUUAUAAGGUGUUUUCCCUGUACCAUUUUAUAAAGUGCUUGUGUAAUUUAUGUGGAAAAUAUGAAUAAAAUUAUCCGGA